GGGAGCCGCGCCGCGGGCGCAGGCCGGCACGUUGCCAGCUGUCAUUUCAAACCAGCCCCCGGGGUUUGAAUGUCAACGGGCGCGGGAGCCGGGCCCGCCCCUUCCGUCCCCGCCACUCGCCCGCCCGGCAUGAGGAGACGGGGGUCGCUGCGCGCGGGGACUCCCGUGAGGCGCUCCAUGCGCCUGGCGCACGGUAGCGCGGAGGAGCCGGUCCUAAGAGAGGUUCCUAGUGCUGAGGGAGGAAGCUUUCCUCUCGUCCUGCAGCCCCGGGCCAGCAUCAAGGCCCACAAACUGCAUCUCACUCCGGCCCGGGAUCCAUCGCCCACUCCAGCCAGUGACCCUACCUCCAUGCCAGCCAUGGAGCCCUCAGCUGGGCCAGCCAUGGAGCCCUUGCCAAUAUUAACCAGGGAGCCUCCACUGCCCCAGCUCAAGGAUGAACCCACUAGGACCGUGAUGAAGAGAGGCCUCUCCCGGAAGCCAGCAGCGAGGCUGGAGCCUUCCAGGAGCAAUAGAUGGGCAGCACUGGACCAAGAUGCCCACUUGUCACCCUAUGUGAGGCUGAAGAGGCUGCAGAUCUCAGAGGAGGAUGAAGAAAAAGAGGAGCUUUUCCCCACCCGAAGUGAGAGCUCAGGGGAGAAAGAGAAGCUGAACCUGGACUGGCAAGAGUUCAGAGAUGAGAGAGCCCAACUGCAGGUGCUGGAGACUGCACUGCCUGGCUCAGAGACAGCCACUGUCGUGGAGAUCACGGCCCCCAGGCUGCAGGGCAAAGUGGCCAGCAACACCCCCAGGCUGCAGGGCACAGCCCUCUGGCUGCAAGGCGGGGCAGCCAGCAGUCCCCCUAGGCUACAGGGUGGGGCGCCCAGGUUGCAGGACGGGGCACAGAUCAUCACCCCCAGUAGGCAGAGUGCAGCUCCCAGACUGCGGAGUGUGGCACCUGGGAUGUCGCAUCUGACAGAGACAGAUACUCCCAGGGUGCGGCGCGUUGCCCAUGGAACACCAGGCUUGGCGAUGUGGACAGAAACUGCAGCACUCAGACCACCAGCCCCCAGACCCAAGAGCACAGGGAACCCGAGCAAGCAUUUCCUUUUCUCCUCCACCUGCUGCAUCCUUCUUCCCUUCCUGCUCAUCUUGGGCUUCUCUGGUUGGCUCCUGUGGGAGCACAGCAGCCCUGUUUCUGUCCUGGGAUUGAUGGGGCAGUGGCAGCUGGGCUGGAGCCAUGUCGCCAGCCUGUGGAAAGAGCCAGAGGAGGCGUGCAGCCCGCAGUGCAGUUUGGUGCUGGUGGAAAGCAUCCCUGUGGGCCUGGAUUACAGCCGCUCCAGCCCCCGCCACCUCCCCAUUUUCCAGGCCUGGAUGGACCUGUUGGAUGCAGCCAACCACUCUGUGGACAUCGCAGCUUUCUACUUCACUCUCCGGGACUCAGACACGCAGGAGGAAGAACCCUCAUCCUGGCAGGGCAGGCAGGUGUUGGAGAAGCUGCGGGACCUUCCCUCUCGGGGGGUGAAGCUGAACAUUGCUGUGAACAGCCCCCAGAAGUCUGACUGGGACACCGAGGAGUUGGCCAGCAAAGGUGCAGACGUAAAGUGUGUGGAUUUGGAGCGCCUGACUGGAGGGAUUGUGCACACCAAAUUCUGGGUGGUGGAUGGCAAGCACAUCUACAUUGGCAGUGCCAACAUGGACUGGCGCUCGCUGACACAGGUGAAGGAGCUGGGUGCUGUGCUCUACAACUGCAGCUGUGUGGCUGGUGACCUGCACCGGAUCUUCGCCAUGUACCGUGCACUCGGAGGGCAGGGGGCCUCACUCCCGACGGUGUGGCCGGCUUAUGUCUCCGCGCAGUCCAGCCGCAGCCGCCCCCUGAAGCUGCAGCUCAACGGCAGCAGUGCAGAACUGUACCUCUCUAGCUCCCCUCCCGCCCUCUGCUCCAUGGGCCGUACUCCAGACCUCACAGCCAUUAUCAGCACCAUUCAGGAUGCCCAGGCCUUUGUCUACAUCUCGGUGAUGGACUAUGUGCCCCAGUGCACCUUCUGCCAGCCCAAGAGGUUCUGGCCGGUCAUUGAUGAUGCGCUGCGUGCUGCAGCCUGCAACAGGCACGUGAAGGUGAGGUUGCUCAUCAGCUGCUGGCAGCACUCGGACCAGUCCAUGUUCCUGUUCCUGGAGUCGCUCAGCGUCCUCAGCCGGGAACCCCUGGGCUGCCCGAUCGAAGUGAAACUCUUCGUUGUCCCUGCAUUGGUCGAGCAGAAACUCAUUCCCUUUUCCCGUGUCAACCACAACAAGUACAUGGUGACCGACCGCCUGGCCUACAUUGGCACCUCAAACUGGUCAGAGGAUUACUUCACCAACACUGCAGGGGUGGGGCUGAUCAUCAACCAGAGUGAGGCUGCCCCUGGGGUUACCCAGCUCACCCUGCGGGAGCAGCUGGAAGCCGUGUUCCAUCGGGACUGGAGCUCUUCCUACUCACAGCCACUCAGCCCCAAGCCCAGCUGUGCCGCCAAGAACUGAGGGCAGGCCCAGGACCUCUCCUCAGCUGGAUGUAUAUUUGCAGCCUCCCUUGGAAAUCCAGCGCUGUGGCAGCUUGCACCAGACUGCUUCUGUUUCCCCCUGCUCCGGGAGGGAUCCCACUAGCCAAAGAAGGACCAGUGCAGGCAGCAGCAAUGAAACACCCGAGGGGGCCGUGGAUGCCAGCACAUGGCUGUCGGCACUAGUGCCUUGGUGCUUACCUCCUGGUUACACUCUGAAGCUGGGGGUGUGGGGCCCUGACAUUAGCUAAAUCUCAAGCAUAAGCAUGAACUUGGUGGGUGCUCUGGGGCUCAAGCACCCACAGAAAAAAAAAUAGGGGGUGCUCAGCACCCACCAGCCACAGCUAUUGCGUGAGGCCUGUGGCUGGCCACUGAACAGCUGUUCGGCAACUAACAGGAGGUGCUCCGGGGAGGGUAAAGAGGAGCAAGCAGCAGGGAAGAGGGUCUCAGGGGCAGGGGUGGAGCAGGGGAGGAGCAAGCAGCAGGAAAAAUAAGUCUGUGCCUAUGGUCUCAGGGUCUAAAACCCUCUCCUAGAAGGGAUGGGCACCUUCACGGGGAGAGGAGCUAGCCUUAAAUUUUAUUUGGAAACUGAAAUUCUCCAGUUUCAUGACCAGUAUUUUUUUUUAGGUAGGUCCCACUCACAGGUACUGGAUUGAAACCUGGCCUCCUGCAUUCAGGGCUGGGGAGGAAAAUUGGUCUUGGGGAAGUGGCAGGAAGAAAUAGGAACACAAGUAGUUCAUACGCUGCCAGCUAGUGCAAAGUGGUGCUGCCCCACGGCUGAAUGGAGAGGCCGGUUGCAGCAGCGCCCCAUGGCUAAAUGUGGCUUGCUGUGUUGCAGGCGCCUGGGCCUUUGUCCUGUGGCCCUGCCAAUUGUGAUGCCAUUUUAGCAGUUGAACUAAUGCAGAUAUUUCUAGAUUUGGGGAAUACAGUUUGGUGUGUGGAGAGAGAUACAGCUAGCACUGAGAGCUGGGUGCCACCGCUGUGGCCAUAGGGGCUAGAGGAACAAAGAGCCACAGCCACCUAAAGGCACUUAAAUGCAAAAUGUUUGAGUUUAAUCUGUCCCUUGACGACAGGGUCUUGGUCUCAGAGUGCCAAGGGCUGUAGACCUCCAAAGCUCUCAUAUCUCUUUGUGAGCUGAUAGGGCUCAGAGAUGUUCUCCUCUGGAGCAGGGGGAUUAUGGCUCAGAGUCAGUCUCCCGUGGGGUAGGGCUCAGAGAGGGUCUCCCCCCACCCUUUCCAGGGCUGCUGAUCCAUUUAUUGUGUUGCUUACCAUAGAGGAUAUUGCACUAGUUUAGAGGAGUGGCUUAGGGGAGUGAGCGUGUGUGUUUUAAUGUGGGGCAGGGUCCAUACAUGCAUGUGUGGAUCUGAGGACCGGGUGCUCUCAAACCAAGAUGCUAUGUGUGAACUGGGAAUGGGAAAUGGUGGUGGGGGUUCUGUAUAGAGUGGGGUGUGCUGGGGGAGGGAAGGGCAACAGAAAGCUGUGACAUACUGUGAGGGGCAGCCCUCUGAACUUGACUCCCAGGAGCCAGGAUCAGGAAUUUGUUGCAGGGGUAUCAUGGCCCCCUUGGUGGGUGAAUUUCAGGGAGUUGAAGGGGAUGGCUCCCUGUGAGUGGGGAUUCAGGGGGGUGAGGUCUUGUGGGGCAGUCCUGGUUAGAAACAGAUUUUGGGGGUGGGGGUCUCAGACUGGGAUUUGGGGGAGGAAUUACAGGGCUCCCACAGCAGGCUUGGGGGGACGGCCUGGGCGGCACUGGGGGCAGGCAGGAGCUGCUGACUCAGGGCUAAUGUACACUGGCAAUGCUAAAGAACUGUGUGGUUGUGGCACAGCCUUGGGAGAGAGCUCUUAAAAAAGCCCACCUCCACAAGGGGCAGAGCUACCUGGUGCUUUACAGCGCUGAAAGUUGCUGUGCUCAGGGGGGUGUUUUUUCACACCUGUGAGCGAGAAAGUUGCUGCGCUGUAAAUUGCCGGUGUAGACAAGGCCUCAGGCACGAGGCUGGUAUGUGGCUUUCCAGAGUUUAUUUUUGUACGUGACUGCCCAAUAAACGGGAUUUGGUAUAA